ACAGCUUACAUUUAGUGACACUUUUUCUUUUAAACUAUAUUUUACUAAACUAAAAAAGAGAGAAGAAAAAAAGCAUGGCCAUCAACGAAGAUCACAAUUGGAAGUUUGCACAAUGUUUCGGAGACAAGGGGGAUUCGGACGAUGUCACUGAAGCCGACAUUAUUUCAACAGUAGAGUUUGAUCAGACCGGUGAUUACCUCGCAACAGGUGACAAAGGGGGUCGUGUGGUGCUAUUCGAGCGUAACGAUACUAAAAAAGGCGUCGAGUAUCGGUUUCAUACGGAAUUUCAGUCGCAUGAAGCAGAGUUUGAUUACCUAAAGAGCUUGGAAAUCGAAGAAAAGAUCAACAAGAUCAAAUGGUGCAAACGCCAAAAUUCAGCCCAUUUCUUAUUAUCCGCAAAUGACAAAACGAUCAAAUUGUGGAAAGUUUUUGAAAAAUCAUUAAAAGUGGUAGCCGAGAAUAAUCUGGGUGAUGGUCCGAUCGCACCGACUGCAGGACUCCGUGUACCCAAACUGGCGCAUCAUGACACGAUUAUUGCAGCUGUACCGAGACGCGUUUAUGCUAAUGCACACACAUACCACAUCAAUUCCAUAUCCAUCAAUUCGGAUAGCGAGACAUACAUAUCUGCAGACGAUCUACGAGUCAACCUUUGGAACUUGGAUAUAUCUGAUCAAAGUUUCAACAUCGUUGAUAUCAAGCCAGCAAAUAUGGAAGAGCUGACUGAAGUCAUUACGGCCGCCGAAUUCCAUCCACAACAAUGUAAUAUGUUCAUGUACAGCUCAAGCAAGGGUACCAUCAAACUAUGUGAUAUGCGAGAAGCGGCACUCUGCGACCAAUAUGCAAAAGGCUUAGAAGCACCAGAGGACCCAGCGAAUCGAUCAUUUUUCUCGGAGAUCAUCCAAUCCGUAUCGGAUAUCAAGUUCAGUCAUGAUGGACGAUACAUUUUAUCGCGCGACUAUCUCACAUUAAAAAUCUGGGAUAUCAACAUGGACAGCCAACCUGUGCAGACAAUCGACAUCCACGACGAAUUGCGCUCGAAAUUAUGCGAUCUCUACGAAAACGACUGUAUCUUUGACAAGUUUGAAUGUGCGUUCAGCGGUGAUGAUAGCCACGUGAUGACCGGGUCCUAUAGCAACACAUUCCACUUGUACGAUCGGGAAGGCAAGUCCGACAUUGCGCUUCAGGCAGAUAAAUCAGCGUUCAAGGCGAAACGACUUGGGUCAGCAAAGAACAAGAUGGCUCUGUCGCGAGGACCUGGAAAGACAAACAGCAUGAUGUUGGGUGGUGAAGGUAUUGAUUUUAACCGAAAGAUCCUUCAUGCAUCCUGGCAUCCCCACGAAAAUACCAUUGCUGUUGCGGCGACCAACAACCUAUUCAUCUUUACGGAUAAGCAACAGUAAAUUAUACGAGAUAUCUUUGGUGUGUAUGAAAUUUUAUUGUUAGUUUACUUGGGGAAAUUGUAGAUAGUUACACCUUCAACGCCCUCCACAGGGAAUCCAAAGAUUUGUCCAUAAAACCAC